CAUGUAUCACAGCGGCUCUCCCUGAUGAGAUGGUCGGCUCCAAACGGAAAAGUAUCAUUUCCUGACUAGUUUAUAUCCUCGUCGAAGGGAUCAAAUAUCGUCCAGUUUGGGGCACUCUAGGAUAUUACCCAAUGAUCCGAUCCCACUCGGCUACCCUCAAUGUUCCACCCGCGCCAAGCAUCCCACUUGCAGCUCAAGUUACUAAGAAGUUCUUAGCUCCCUCCAUACCCCGUCCUCAAACCACUCCCCAACUUGUGGAUGCACUUGUCGCUAGAAUUGUUGAUUACAUGCUCUUCAGCAAGGGCGAUCUGUUCGAAACUUCUGGGCGAGCGUUUCUUGCGGAACGAGUCCGUUGGCAUGUGGAUCGUAACAUUCAGAUUCAGCUGGCCUUGCCUGCGUUUCCAUUCAAAAGCCCCAGCAAGGAUAAAGUUCUUGGUGCUCUUCCUGACAUGGCAGAAGAGAUCGUUCUCCGCAGAUUGGAAGACCUUUGCCGAUCGCUCGAGGAUCUAUAUCCACCUGGUGCACAGCUCCACAUCGUAUCGGACGGCAUUAUAUACGGAGAACUCCUAAGGGUCCCAGAAAUGACUAUUUACCGAUAUAACACUGCGCUACGCCCGCUUGUCUCUUCUCUUGCUCUCACGCACAUCUCCUUAGUCCGCGUGCGUGACUUGCUUCAAGAGGGUUUCAAUGCAGCUACAUAUUCUCGCCGUGACAUUCCCGAGGAGGAGUACGUCCUCUCUUCUCGCGCAACCCGCGAGGCUUUCCUCGCAACCGAAAUCGGCAGGUAUGACGUCCAGAAACAGAUUAGCAAUGAUGAAGGCGCGUUAAGGACCUAUCGAGGAUACUUGAAAUUUUUGAAGGCGGAUUUGAGUGGCGUGCAUUUGCAUUGCGAUAAGGCUAACUGUAAAGAGACUCUCUCUAAGCGAGGGCGGGAGAGAGCAAUCAGUGCCAUCGCUAAGGCAAUGAUGCGGAAUGGCGCCCUGUUUUCCGCUAUUGUUGCGAAGGCUUUCCCCGAUGCCGUUCGACUCAGCAUUCAUCCUCACCAAAAUGCUGGUCCUAAGUUCGCCCUCAAAGUUUUCCCGAAUGUUGAUAUCGUUUGCACGCCGUGGCACAAUGUCGUCGUCGAAAACGCAGAUGGCUCCAUCACUAUUGCGCAUCGGCACACAGUCGAUACUUCAAAGUGUGCUCUUAUAUACCGGCAUGGUCGCCCCUAUCAUUUCCGUGAGAUUGACGCUGACAUGGACUGGGGGAAUUCGAAUAUUCCUUCGAGAGACUGCAUCCGUUUGGGAUGAAGGUCAUUGCGACUGAAGUUGAUGGAAAGAAGUGGCGAUGGAAAGACGUUCCCAUGGCCAAAGUCAGGAGGCUUGCAGGGAAGCAUUCACUUUUGAUAUUCAAGGGUUUUGAAGGCGUUGAUAAAACCGACUACAUUGCAAAGGCGAGGG